GGGAUUCCGUAAACCUGACAGUGACAGAAGGCGGAGGACACAGCGGUGUCUGUCCUUACAGUGCACUGAAAAGAAGAAAAUAAUGCUUCACAAUUUGUCAGGUUUAUUAAAGGCUUAAAUGGCUAUUUCUGAAUGGCACAGAAUAGUUGCUGCCGGCAUAAGGAAUAUCAGAGGUAAACUUUUCAAACUGAGGAGUGGGCUCACUAUGGGACGCCUGAGCACCACCAAUGCUAAGUGAUUUCCGUGAUUAGUUGGAUGUGUCUGACUGUCAAAAGUAAACCUACGUCUUCACUGCAGAAAAACGAUCUCCAUUUCUGAGGGAAAAGAAAGGAAAAGGAGUUUGUUAUUGGGCUGUGCUGCCUGCCUACGAGAAUGAGGAAAUAUAAAUACUCAGUCGACAAAGACGACAAAAAAUCUGCUUCCUAUUCUUUUCCUGAUGCACUGGAUGUCAUUGGACAUGUUGAAGGUCUUCCUUUUGAAUCUUCCUUCCACUCUGGUGUGUGCUUCCUUGAAGAGGAGGAACAGACAAGACAUAAAGGACAGAAGUAUCACGCUAGCUUGCAUCUCUUUAAACCCUUCAGAUUUACUCAAAAACAUCAGCACCCAGUAGACAAUGCAGGACUCUUCUCCUUCAUGACUUUGAACUGGUUGUCUUCCUUGGCCUGGAAAGCCUAUAGGAAAGGCUCAUUAGAGAUGUGUGAUAUCUGGGGUCUAUCCUGCCACGACACCACAAAGAUUAACUGUCAGAGGUUUGAGGUUCUGUGGAAUAAAGAGUUAAAGAAGAAAGGAAAAGAUGGAGCCUCACUGACUCGUGUGAUAUGGCGUUUCUGUAGAACUCGGUUUCUGAUUGCCAUAUUUUCCUUGCUGUUGUGUACAGUUGCUGGCUUUAUCAAUUCGGCUGUUGUGAUCCGUAGUUUGCUGGAAUAUUCUCAAAGGUCUGAAUCGCAUCUCCUAUAUGGCCUCUUUCUGACUGCUUCAGUAUGUCUAGUGGAGCUAACACGUUCUUUGUCUUUCACUCUCAUGUGGGCCCUCAAUUACCGUACUGGGAUACGAUUAAAAGGAGCUUUAGUAAUGUCUGCCUAUAAGAAAAUCAUGAAAAUGCAUAACACCAGAGACAUCAGUGUUGGACAGCUUGUGAAUAUGUGUGUGAAUGACGGCCAACGCCUCUAUGACCUUGCCACGAUGGGAAUCCAACUUGCUGGUGGGCCUCUUGUUGUCAUCAUAGGUCUCAUCUACACUUCAUUAUUCCUGGGGCCAUCUGCCCUGCUGGGUACAGCCAUCUUUAUCUUCGUCUAUCCACUUUUGAUGGCUGUGACCAAGGUGACAGCCCAUUAUCGCAAGAAGUGCGUGACUGUCACAGAUAGUCGAGUUCGGCUAAUGAAUGAAAUCCUCAACUGUAUCAAGUUCCUUAAGAUGUACUCCUGGGAAAUUCCAUUUGCUCACAAUGUGCAAAAAAUUCGUGUUAAAGAACGGGGCAUCCUGGAAGAUGCAGGCUUUAUUCAUAGCAUCACAGUUGGUGUGGCCCCUAUCAUUGUUGUGAUGGCAAGUGUUAGCACCUUCAUUCUCCAUAUGUGCUUGGACUUCGAUCUGAAUGCCUCGCAGGCAUUCACAGUUUUCACUGUUUUCAACUCCAUGUCCUUUGCACUCCGAAUUGCUCCCUCAGCAGCAAGGGCUGUCUCUGAAGGUUCUGUGGCUAUUAGCAGGUUUCAGAAAUUAUUGCUGAUGCCGGAACAGCAGGCUAUCGAAGGCAAAAUGAAAGAUGCUGAAAAUGUUGUUGAAUUCCACAAAGUAACACUGAUUUGGGGUUUGCUACCAGAAAGACAAUCACACCAGGGAUUUGUACAAGAAAAAUGGAAGUGUAAAAACAUCAAUGACAUUGAGAUGUCACGGAAGAAACAGAGGCUGGCAUUGUGUAUACAAGCAAGUCAAGAAAAUGAAGCAAUGAAUGAGGAAAGUAAACCAAACACAGCAGCCAGCACUGAAAUGGACAACACCCUGAUUACAACAGCCUUCGACUUGCAGCAUUAUUUUCUGCUGAACACAACACUGCAUAAUGUUAGCUUUUGCCUAAAAAAGGGUAAAUUAGUUGGAGUCUGUGGAGCAGUUGGAAGUGGGAAGAGUUCGUUACUUUCUGCAAUCCUGGGGCAGAUGACCCUAAUUGAAGGAACACUUGCAGUAAAUGAAAGGGUAUCUUAUGUAGCCCAGCAGCCAUGGAUUCUAAAUGAAACUCUAAAAGAGAAUAUCCUGUUUGGAGAAGAUUUUAAUGAAGAGAGGUAUAAUGCUGUUUUAGAGGGCUGCUGUUUGAUUCCUGACAUUGAUAACUUACCCCAUGGGGACAUGACAGAGGUUGGAGAACGUGGAGCAAACCUCAGUGGUGGCCAGCGCCAGCGGGUCAGCCUGGCUAGAGCAGUGUACAGCAGCCAAAGUCUGUUGCUUCUUGAUGAUCCCCUCAGUGCUGUAGACGUUCAUGUUGGGGCACAACUGUUUUACAAUGUCAUCCGUGCUGCUACCAAGGAAAAGACAGUACUGUUUGUAACCCAUCAGAUUGAGUAUCUAGUGGAUUGUGAUGAAGUCAUAUUCAUGAAAGAAGGCUGCAUUGCAGAGCAAGGAAAUCACAUGGACCUGAUGAGCCAUCAAAGGGAAUAUGCUGCACUUUUUCAUAAUAUGCAACAAAAGGACUUGAUCCAGAAAGCCAAGCAAAACAUGAAGCAGAAAACAAAGAAGGUGGAUGACCAUGUGUUAAGUAGUAUGACGUCAACCAAAAUCUUGCUAAAGCAUAAUCAAGCAGAUCAUCUAAUGAAAGAUGAAGACAAAGGGAAAGGAACAGUGCCAUUUUCUGUGUACAAAGCAUACAUUCAGGCAGCAGGGGGUUACUUGGUUUUCAUAUUGAAUGUCGUUGUGUUCCUGAUGACUACGGGAAGCAUUGUUUUUAGUACCUGGUGGCUGAGCUACUGGAUCAAGCAGGGUGGUGGAAAUGUAUCUAUCAGUAUGGAAAAUGGAACUUUGAAGAACAACAACAUGAGAGAGAAUCCAGAGAAGAAUUUUUAUAUAAUUGUCUAUGCCCUAUCUUUGGGUGCCAUCAUCCUGCUUAAAACACUUCGAGGCUUUGUUUUCAUAAAGAGUACCCUGAAGGCCACUUCCAGACUACACGAUUUACUCUUUGAAAAGAUACUCCACAGUCCAAUGAGUUUUUUUGAAACAACUCCACUUGGGCGCAUUCUCAACAGAUUCUCUAAGGACAUGGAUGAAGUGGAUGUGAAGCUGGCUGUGCAGGCCGAGUUACUUCUUCAGAAUCUCAGUCUUCUUAUGUUUUUCCUUGGAACAAUUAGUGCUGUCUUUCCAUGGUUCCUUGUGUCCUUGGUACCAGUUGGCAUUUUCCUUUACCCUAUUAAUAAAAUAUUCAGAGUGAUGAUCCGAGAAGUUAAACGACUGGAUAACAUCAGCUUGUCUCCUUUAGUCUCUCUUGUAACUUGUAGUCUACAAGGACUGGACACUAUUAAAGCUUAUGGAAAAGAGAAGGAAUUUCUGGACAGGUACCAGGACCUACUGGACUCUAACAUGGCAGCUAACUACCUGUUCUCCUGUGGGAUGCGCUGGCUUGCUUUACGCAUGGACCUCAUUAGCAUAUUCAUCAUUACCCUGGUAUCCCUUUUCAUCAUUGUCAUGCAUGGACAGAUACCACCCUCCUAUGCAGGGCUGGCCAUUUCAUAUGCUGUACAGUUGACAGGACUGUUUCAGUUCACUGUGCGUUUGCUUGCUGAGACAGAGGCAAGAUUUACAUCAGUAGAGAGGAUCAACCACUACAUAAAGAACCUCGAUUCAGAAGCCCAAGGACACAUCCCAGACUCUCCUCCUGCCAGUAACUGGCCCAAUGAAGGAGCAAUUCAGUUUCAGGAUGUAGGAGUGCAAUACCGUCAAAAUCUACCACUUGUCCUCAACAAAGUGACAUUAAAUAUUUUACCAGAGGAAAAAAUUGGAAUUGUAGGGCGGACUGGCUCAGGUAAAUCCUCUCUUGGCACAGCCCUUUUUCGGUUAGUUGAGCUUUCUAAUGGCUCCAUCACUAUAGAUGGAAUCAAUAUUGCACAGGUUAGUCUUGAAGAACUCAGAAGGAAAUUGUCAGUAAUUCCUCAGGAGCCAGUGAUGUUCAUUGGGACCAUAAGAUCAAAUUUAGAUCCUUGGAGUCAAUGCACAGAUGCACAGAUCUGGGAUGCACUUGAGAAGGCGCACAUGAAGGAGAAUGUUGCAAACCUACCUCAGAUGUUGGAAUCAAAAGUAUUAGAGAAUGGAGAGAACUUCUCAGUGGGGGAGCGUCAGCUGUUGUGCCUUACGAGAGCACUGCUCCGGCAAAGCAAGAUUGUACUGUUGGAUGAAGCUACAGCUGCUGUGGACCUGAAGACAGACAAGCUCAUUCAAGAAACAAUCUAUAAUUCUUUUAGUAAAUGCACAACUCUGAUCAUCACACACAGACUGAAUACAGUUAUGAACUGCGAUCGCAUUUUGGUGUUACAUCAAGGGGAGGUUCUUGAGUUUGAUACACCCUCUGCUCUCCUAUCCAAUGAAAACUCACAUUUCCGAGCCAUAUUAGUUGCUGCCGAAGGACAGGAUUGACCAAGAUGGAUUGCACAGCCUCAUUCCUGUAACCUUAGACUUAGUAGCUACAGUACAUCUGUUUAAAAGAUGAACUAUAAGCUGUCUAAACAUGGCCUGCACUACAAAGAAUGGAUAAAUUCUACUAAUUAGGUGUUUGUCUCAACAUAAACAGAAUGCAGAAUAAAAAUUCAGGAAUAUCAUCUCAGGUAAUCGUGGAAAGGGGCCUAAAAUGUAAUUGGAAAGUCAUUAAAAGUGGACUUUUAAUUAUUUAAGUUUCUGUAACUAGCGCAACAGUAAGAUGGGGUGCUAAAUCAAAAUAGGGGGGUGGGCUUGUUAAAUCAAAAUGGGGGGCUGGGGGGUGGGCCCAGCCCAUCAGAAAACAUUCUACAUAAAUGAGCCAAAUAAAGCACCUGUGGUUGACAAGGUGCCCAUGCUGGCUGCCUCAUAGUCACCCACUGCUCUCCUACAUGUCCUUUAGGGACUAGUGAAUUUAACAAAAUGGAGACAUUCUAUUACUAAUCUGGUUGCACUGAAGCAAGUCACUCAUUUAGUAGGAUAACGUCAUGUUUUUAAAUACGAGGACAGGCAAUGCAGAAAAAAACACAAAAUUUGCACACAAAACACAAAAUAGGAUGCGUUUUCCAGAAAGUUUGAUGGUGGGGGAGAGAAGAGCAUGAUGACAGUUUUCUCAUUUAUUUAUUUUUUUCGUGUGUACAUGAGUAUACUGUGGAAAAGAAACGUGGAUCUAAAUGUGACAACUGCGAUCACCAAAGGAACAGCCACAGAUUAAGGGGUCUUUUGUUCAUCUUUUUAUUUGAAGAUUUUGAACAUGAACCUUUUGUCUGGGCUGAUAUCAGUAGAAAUCUCAUGAUUACACAGUAAUCUGAAUUGUUUUUUCAUAGGAGCGCCUUUGACAUUUGCACUAAAUUCUGCUCUGUAUGUCAUGAAUUGAAACUCAUAGAUCACAUUGAAUGUGUUCCUUAGCCAUUACGGGUAAAACAGUGGUCAGUAAGAAUAAAGAAAGUAUGAACUGGAUAGUUUGGUUACCUGAGGCAAGUGGAUUAUGAUUUUAAAAAGAUUCACUUAAAACUGCACUAUGCUUUGAGUUGUUUUUGGCUGACAAGCGUUUUUGGACAAGGGUCGCGUUACUACCUCUGCUCAAGUCUACGCUAGAAGGUGGGCUUUGUCAGUGCACUGCAUGUCCCUACAGGUUACCAUUUCCAUUGUAAAGUUCAAAAAGGAUAUGCACACGUGUGUGUGUGUGUGUGGGCAUGUGUGUGUGCGUGUGUGUGUGUGUGUAAAAUUGGGUCCUCCGAUGGGGUGCCAUCCUGCCUAUUCUGUUUUAAUGCCAGGAAAGGGUCAAGCUGCCCAUCACUCUGCAGUGAAGAGAAAGGGUUUAGAGAACGGAUUCAUAACAGCUUUACAGGUAACAUCUAAGUGGAAUCACAUAGCUUUCUGUGUCUAACAGGGCUCUUAAACCAAAGACUACUGAGAGCAUUACAGUGUCUUCCAUCUAGCCUGCUUGGUCUGCUUAGUCUCGCUGAUCGAAGCAUUUUGCACAAACCUUCCCUUAUUUUGUGGACUCGGGUGUUUCAAUGUAUGCUGCUAUAGACAAUGUGUCAAGGAAUAAAGUUAAAGCAAAUUAACAUCAAAGGUGCUGAUUUUUGAAUCACAUCUGCUGACUAUAAAUGCUGUACAUUUUUUCUUAAAAAAAGGAUUUUUCAGCUGUUCACUUUAAAGUUGUAUACUGAACAGAGUUUGAAGAUACCAUUCCUUCUAUUGCACUGAUAAAAAGGACUUUACGUUUCUUAAUUUUUUUUUUUGGACGAUGUAGUUGUUUUGGCAUUUUACUUUAAAAACUUGCCACCUGGUUCAGGGAUUUUUACUAUUGUUAUUUUGUUACAAAUAUUUAUUCAUUAGCAUGCACUUCUGAACCACUACGGGGCUUUCUAUAUACAGUUACAUUUAGCAUAUGUAUUUUCUAGUUUACCCACUCAUUAAAAUAAUCACAAUUAUUGUUGUAGGACAUUUUUCAAACAAAUGCCCCACAUGAGUGUGUGCCAGUUCUUCACGAUUUAAUACUGUACAAUUAAAAUGGUGGAAUCCUACAGUUCUGUAGAGAACAUUAUUAUUAGUGCCAAUAUCUCCUUGAGAAAGGGUCUUAAAAGGAAAUUUGAAAAAAAAAAAAAAAUUAAAACAAGGAACUAGUGGGAGUUCUGCAAAUGAUGCACUGCAAAUGCUUUUUCUUCUUCUUCUUACGGCUGCUCAAUUUUCUAAAAGUAAACUACAGAAUAUACAGCGGCCUCCAUAAUAUUUGGGACAAAGGCACAUUUCUUCUUGAUUUACCCCUCUGCAUCUCAGUUUAUCAAAAUCAAAAAAUUCAGACAUCAUAAUUAAAGUGCACAUUGCAGACUUUGUCCCAGACAUUAUGGAGGGCAAGGCAUGUACAUUGCAGCAGGUUAUUUAAUAACAGUUAACAACUUCAGUUUUAAAAGUUAAGUCAGAGGUGCAGAAACUUCAAAUGCUCAGCACAAUUCCUGAGUUAUAUAAAGACCAGUACACAACUCCAGAAAGUCAUUUUGACCCAAAAAUUGGAGCCCACUUUGUAAUUUAGAAAACACGCUAUGGAAAAGUUGUAACUGAUGUAAUGGUUGGACUUUCCAGAGUGUUUCACUGGGUUUCAUUUCUGAAUGAGGGCAGAGGAUAACUGAACAAGCUUAAAAAUCUGUUACAUAUGUAUGUAAUAUAUAUUAUGGAGUGCCAAACAGGCCAUGUAUAUCUAAUUAAAUAUAUCUAUGCGGUAUGACAUUAGCAUUUUACAUUCACGUGCUUACUAAUACAAUGGCACGGAUUGCAGUGGACGACUGACUAUUUACACGGUGAAUGCUGUCCAAGAGGUCACAAAAUUGAUUUUGCACAAUUAUUUUCUUUAAGCAGUAUUUUAAGAAACUGUCCUUUGAGGUUAGAGAUAUUUUCUAUGAACCAAAAUAUAAAAAUUAUGCAAAAUUAUACUAUUUUGUUUAAGUAUGUGUGAUGGGGGAUUAUAAAUAUGUAACAUGGCUUACUUCAAUAAAAUAUAAUUUGCGUAAUAAA